GGCGCCACGGCCUCCCUCAGUCAGCCCUGCGCCGUACGGGCGACGACCACGAGGGAAGAGGAAGCGCCGCCGCUUCUCGCCGUCGCGCGAGCCGACGCGACGCGACGACGAGCGCCCGUCCGUCCGUCGAGAGCUUUAGUCCGCGUCCGCACGUCGACUGAAACACGCGACCCACGUCCACCCAUGGUGUAGUUGUGCGCGGCUUCCCUCCUUCCUCUCCUGUCACUCAAGCUCGUCCUGAAGGAACGGCCAAUUCUACUGGAUCGGCUAACAGAGUCUGUACGUCCCCCUCCCUCUCUCUCUUUCUCUGUCUCUUUCCCUUGGUCUCUCGCGCCGGUUAUCUGACGGUUCCUCUCGUUUCUACUCCUUCGACAGAUGCUUCCUUUCUAAAGUACAUGGAGGAGAGGAUGUUUCGGGCGCGUGGAAGGAAAAUUAAGACCGCCGGAAAUUCGGAAUGUAAUAUCCGGCGGACCUAGUUACACGUACGGUGUGUGCGCGCCAGUCGGCUUUUCUGCCAUCCAAGUUGGAGCAGCCUUGAUAUAAGCCGGAGUUACGGAGGACACUCGCGAGAUUUGAGAUCGGAGGAUCCACUCAACGAAGAUCUCCAUCAGUGCUUGCUGCCAAACGCACCAAUAUACAAGUACAAGACUCGCUGCCAAAUUCACGCCACGUGACAACCAUUGUCGCCAUCAUUUCAAAAAUUUCUUCCUUUUUUAGAACUUCCGUUUUCUAAAAGUCUUAACAUGUGCUAGCGGAGUCACAACGCAGUUUUCACUGUUAAAAAUCAUCAGAUUUCUGACGAGAUCUUCGUUGUAAGGAUCUCGUAAGAUUGGAAACAAAGUAUAGAUUUACGUAGUGACGAGACAAAGAGUUGGCGACAGCGGGACACCAUGAAGAGACUUGUCUUCAGCGGGGCGAAGUGAUCUUCGAAGAAACGAGGAAGCGACGAAGGAUUCGAAGCGUUGGGUCGGGCGAAUCGGGCCGGCAACGGGCCCGAUCGGUGUGAUGGUCUCGGGGUGGUGCCCGUGCGUGCCACUGGGGCGUCGGCAACCGUCGACCCAGCAGCAACAGCAGCAACAACCGCAGUCAUCAUCCAGGGCGCCGUUCACCGUCAGCGGCGCGACCGAUCGCGCGGACAUGGUGCAGAUGUUCUACUACGAAAACCGCGGCAAGUGUUGCAAGAAGCUUCUCAGAUACAACGGAUAUCCGAAUAAGGUCCUUUUGUUUCCCGAGGAGGGCUGGGCGAGAAGCGCGAGUAGUUCCUACUGGACUCUGACGCCGUUCUGGUGGAGCCGGAGUCGGUGCAAGGUCGUCGAAGUUGCUGGAACAAGAAGGUAUAGUACUCAGGCAAAAAUGGUAGACACGGGUACGGGCACGCUUUAUAUUAUCGGCUCGUUCAAGAGGAUGACUACCGAUCCCGAUUUCAAGCUGUACCUGACGUCGAACGUCUCGUCGAGCGACUUCAACAUGGGCUACAGUAUGACGGGCACGCUGGAGCGCGGCUGCAAGAAGACCAACUCCUUCCAGAUGACCCACUUCGCGGUGAUACGGCGGCGGGACUACGAGAAGGCGUACGAGGAUCCGAAUCCCACCUAGUGUCCGUCCACACCCACGCUCUCCGAGUGUGGGGACUGCGAGCAUUACACGUAGCUGGGGGAGGCAUGGGGCCGCCGGCGGGGAGGGGGAGCGAGAUGCACUUCCGCGUGCGUUCGCAAUUGCGCUCGGGGGAAUGCAUUUGCCGCUCAGGAUAAACCGUCAGGAAGGACUCGCUCCUUAGCGCGAACUCGAUCACGAAAUCCCGAACCUCCUGGCAGAUCGGCUUAACGAAACGUAUCCUCGAGGCGUUCCUUGAUCGCGGAGGCGUUUAAUCGCGAAUAGCUCGUAAUCGAGAAACUCUUGGAAAGAUAUCUGUGUACAAAAUUGGAUCGCUAAAUCCGCCUGUGUGUUUGCGCUUGUCAUUUAUCGCCCGCUUCUGUAACAGGUGAAUGAUCAUGCGUAAGAUAAAAGCUGCGGAUGGUAACGUCAUCGAAAAGUGAAAAAUACGGAGGGAAGCGGAUAAAGAAAUAGUACAAGGGUGAGCAGAAAAGAAUGGCAAACAACCGCAAUUCUGUUCUGUGUGAAGUUAUCUACAUCUAUCUCCUGUAAAACAUAAGGAUGGGAGAUAAUCAAGGUAGAGUGUGAAGAAGGAAGCUUGAAUUUGCGCAGAAUCAACAUUAGCUCGUGGUAAUGGGAGAUGAAAGGUAGAAGUGCGGAUCAAAGAUAAAGUGGAUUAUGAGGAGAAAAAAAGAAUGUCGAGAGUUUUAAUUCUUACAGAAUAAAUAUUCUUUUACAAGAUUUCCCGCAAAAUAAACUCGCGAUGUGUAUCUCUCGCGGUAACUUAAUUCUUUGGAUAGCAAUAUUCUUUUGACUUUCUAAAAUUACGUGUGUAACGGCACGAUUUGUUCAUGUACACGGAACAUUGCGUUUCGGGCUUAAUUAGCGCUCCAAUUGACUGCACAGUAUCUCCCUGUGUACCUCGAAUUGCCAAGAUACGUCAUUUCUUUUUCGCGCACAAUCAAAUUCGAGAUCGCACACGAUCUGACAGCGACCUGGAAAACGACGCUUCGUUUCUUCGGAGGAGAUAAGAACGGCCGAAGGAGGAUCGUUAUUAUCGCGAAGUGUAGAAACGAGAGAUACCAAAGUUGAGUGGCGGCCCUGCGCGACAGAGCCAAACGUCCAAAGAUUAGUUCUUAAAUUAGAUCGAAUUAAUUAGCUCUUAAUGGAAGUCGUCGAGCGACGCGUAUACCUAUAAGCGAAGAAGCGUAUACAGAGGGCGACGUUGAUCGAGAGGAUGCGAAAACCGUUUUACCAAAGUACUAGCACGUAAGUUACUUGCAACUUUCUGCCGACGAUAAUCCAAGAUCGCAACACGCACACACACACACACACACACACACACACACACACACACACACACACACAUCUCUAACCCACAAGGUACACUGCUUCUCAUCGAUCGACGCAUCGAUGGCUGCCGCCGCCUCGUCCGAGAUUACAAUUACUAAGUGAUUAACGGCUAAGGCUUUUUCUCGGUGAAUCCACGGCGAAUCAGCUACCUAAAGUAGUGUUACAUAUAUAUAUAUAUACAUAUAUAUAUAUGUGUGUGUGUGUGCCAAUUCAAAGCCAUCGUUGACGAGCACUGUACCUGACAAUUACUACAGAGUCAGAGCGCGCGAAUGAAGCGCAUGGUGAAGGGCCCGAGACCGACGAAACGAUAUUUCCAACCUCAUUUCGCGGCCAGUCGAAAAAUUAAAAGGCGUCUAAAAGAGAUCUGCAGAACCACUGAAAAGGAUUAAUAUAUAAAAAAAAAAAA